GCGAUCGCGUUUAGUGCGUCGCGGUUGGUCUACGAGGCAACAACUCAAGACUCGGGAGCUCCAUCCAUAGCUCUCGGUUUCGGUUUCGGUUUCGGUUUUGGUUUCUGUUUCAAGUCUGGGAUUCCAGUGUACCACAUAUAAACUUCGCGUUGCGUGACAAAAGACCUGGCAAAUCUCCCCGACUUUUCGAGUGCUUGUGAACGAGUGGGAAAUUGGCCAAAGAAACAAUAGAAAUCCACACAACAAAAGGCAUCCAAAGCUGUUUUUAAUUGUGCACAAACGGGGCUUGAAAGUGUUUUUCUUUAAAACCGAGACACACCGCAAAUAAAUUAAAACUAAAACUAAAUCGGCAACAAGUUGAUUGAAACCCAAUCUCGAAACCCAACCAACUGGCGUGGCAGGCCGGGAAAAACUAUUUGGCGAAUAAAUAAAAGCAAACGUUCAAAACAGAACAGGACGUCCAAGAUGUCGGGCUUACGCAAAACAUCCAUUGCGCUGAUGAGGCGCUCCACCUCCAGCACCACCAUAUUGCCGCAUUCCGGGGGCGGUGGGCCGGUGUCGCCACCCAGCAGCGGAGUGGGCGUGGCGACGGAAAUUGAAAAAUCAAUUGCAAUGCAGCGACUGCGAGCGGGAGAGUCGGCAAAUCUGAAGAAAUUAAAUGUCAGCCAACAAUCCCUGACAGCAGCAACAACUAAGGCUACGACAACCGCAUUACCAGCAGAGAGCACCACUUCCUCCUCCUCGGCUGCAGUGCGUCCCUACUCGGAAGUGCCGGGUCCAUAUCCCUUACCGCUGAUUGGCAACUCCUGGCGCUUUGCCCCACUAAUUGGAACGUAUAAGAUCAGCGACUUGGACAAGGUUAUGAAUGAACUGCACGUAAACUAUGGGAAGAUGGCCAAGGUGGGUGGGCUGAUUGGUCAUCCAGACCUGCUAUUCGUCUUCGAUGGCGAUGAGAUUCGAAACAUAUUCAAGAAGGAGGAGACAAUGCCGCACCGACCGUCGAUGCCCUCACUGCGCCACUACAAGGGCGACCUGCGACGCGAUUUCUUUGGCGAUGUGGCCGGCCUAAUUGGCGUGCACGGACCCAAGUGGGAGGCCUUCAGGCAGGAGGUGCAGCACAUCCUGCUGCAGCCGCAGACGGCCAAGAAGUACAUUCCGCCGCUAAAUGACAUUGCCAGCGAGUUUAUGGGCCGUAUUGAGCUGAUGCGCGACGAAAAGGACGAGCUGCCAGCCAAUUUCCUGCACGAGCUCUACAAAUGGGCCUUGGAAUCUGUGGGCCGUGUUUCCCUGGACACCAGAUUGGGCUGUUUAUCGCCGGAAGGCAGCGAGGAAGCCCAGCAGAUUAUCGAGGCUAUCAACACAUUUUUCUGGGCUGUUCCGGAAUUGGAGCUGCGAAUGCCCUUGUGGCGCAUAUAUCCCACCAAGGCAUACAGAAGCUUCGUGAAGGCUUUGGAUCAGUUCACAGCAAUUUGCAUGAAGAACAUUGGCAAGACGAUGGACAAGGCCGAUGCCGAUGAGGCUAGAGGAUUGCCCAAAUCGGAGGCGGAUAUAUCCAUUGUGGAGAGGAUAGUGCGAAAGACAGGCAAUCGCAAGCUGGCUGCUAUUUUGGCGCUGGAUUUGUUUUUAGUGGGAGUAGAUACGACCUCCGUGGCAGCCUCAUCCACAAUAUAUCAGCUGGCCAAAAACCCAGACAAACAGCAGCGUCUCUUCGACGAGCUGCAGAAGGUGUUUCCCAAGCGCGAGGCGGAGAUCAACCAGAAUGUCCUGGAGCAGAUGCCCUACCUGCGAGCCUGCGUGAAGGAAACUCUACGAAUGCGACCCGUGGUGAUUGCCAAUGGCCGAAGUCUGCAGUCGGAUGCUGUCAUUAAUGGCUACCACGUGCCCAAAGGUACGCACGUUAUCUUUCCCCAUCUGGUUGUUUCAAACGAUCCCGCAUAUUUCCCAGAACCCAAGCGUUUUCUGCCGGAGCGCUGGCUGAAGCAGUCGGCGGCAGAUGCAGCUGGAUGCCCCCAUGCCAGCCAGAAAAUUCACCCGUUUGUGAGUCUGCCCUUUGGCUUCGGGCGUCGCAUGUGCGUGGGUCGUCGUUUCGCCGAAAUCGAGUUGCACACGCUGCUGGCCAAGAUCUUCCGCAAAUACAAGGUCUCGUACAAUUCCGGAGAGUUUGUGUACCGUGUGAACUCGACGUACAUCCCACAGUCGCCUCUAAAUUUCAAGCUAACGCUGAGGGACGAGUGAGUCGUCUCCAGCGAAGGGAACUGGAGGCCCUGGGAGCUCUGCACCGGGCUCAGCUCAGCUCAGCCUCAAAGCUGCAGUGACACACGGCGGAUGUGUGAUAUUUAUAGUCAAAGCCCAGCUGCUGCUGGUGCUGCUGCGAUGUUUCUUUUUAAUUAAGCAAAUGUACAUAGCACACACACGUUCCCGACCAUUUCGAUACACCCCAUUGCCACGAGCGUAGUUCUGUGGGUGCGUGUAACUAAAUAAACGCUGUGUAGUUAUGUUGAUACAUGUGUAUAUAGAGACCAUUAUACUCCCCCAUAUUUAGUUUUAGUCUUUUUUCUCGAAG